UUGAUUAAUUCUCCCACAAUGCAAUGCGUAUCUGUCAUGGCUGCUCGCUGAUACCACUUGCGCCACAUGUGUGGAAAUAAACAUUGUAUCUCUGACUGAGAAACACCUACUUGGCUCAUUAAGAAAACGAUUAAUCGCUGGCUCUGAUCUAGGACCGUCCAGACUGAAGGCAGCAGCUUUCACUUCACUUUAGCGGGAACCAGAGGCGCUAGCGAUGCAGCUGGACGUAGAGAUCCCCGUCCUCCGAGGCUUUUUAACACCCAGCGAGGCAACGGAAUGGAAGCAGAAUGUUUUCAAUACUGCAGAGUCGGGCCCCCUGCUGGAGUCCUUGAUGGAGGGGGACUUUGAGGCUGUUCUGCUGAGCCCCCAGGUGUUAGAUCUGCUCACUGGAGAUGGCAGCUGCAGCGAGGGGGAGGACAUCGAGGCCUACCUGGAGAAACGGGUCUUGCAGUACCUUGAUGAUGACCACACCAAAAGGGAGCUGGCGGUGAUGGCCCUGGCUGUCUCUUGCCUCCACAUGUUUGCCCAGAGUAACUGGACUGGUCCUCCUCUCUCCAUCCAUAUCUCUGAAGUGCUGCCUCAGACCCUGCUCUCAUCUCAGCCCCAGACCGUGGUUGAGGCCAUUCACUCCAGCCUGCUCCUGGAUGGGGAGUCUGUGUACAGCCUGGUGGCUAACCCCUUCCUCCUCCUGCUGGCCAGGGUUAUUCUCACCAAGUGCUCCUCGAAGAUGGACAGCCUCCAGCUGCUGCCGUGGUGGACUCUGCGCUACAUCAGCCUGCACCAGCAGAUCCUGGAGUCCCGUUCUCCACAGCUCCUAGACUUGGCCCAAAGCAGCAUUGACAAAGUGCUGAAAUGUCAGUCUCUGUUGUCGGAGCAGAGAAACCUGGCUAUCCAUUUCCACCUGGAGUGUGUCUACACCUUUCUGACCUACUAUGAGUACCAGCCAGCCAAGGAACACAUCAAGAAGGCCCAGGAGCUCUCAGGGCUGAAUAUCAACACGACUGGGGCUCUUGGCAAGCGGACCCAUUUCCAGCAAAAGUACUUGGCUCAGCUCAUUCUUGAGGUCGAGAGAGAGCAGGACCAGCCUGGCUGGGUGGAUGAUGAGCUCAGUCCCACCCCCACUCCUCAGGCCAGCCUGCCCAAGGACUACGCUCUGGGUGAUGAGACCCGGCUGGAUAAGAUCAAUUUAGCGGCUCCAGAUCAGUAUGAGCUGCCUGACCUCAGCGCUGAGGAGCAGGCCGUCAUUCUGGGGAUCUGCACUGACUUCCAGAAGAAUAACCCCGUCCAUAAACUGACUGAAGAGGAACUCCUGGCCUUUACAUCUUGUAUCCUCAGUCAGCCGAAGUUCUGGGCUGUAGAAGUCACAGCACUUUGCCUCAGGACCAAACUGGAAAAGGGGAAUUCCCGAUGUGUCGAGAGAGCCAUGAUGCAAACCCAGGCGAUAGUAGACCACUUUGAAGACAAGAACUGUCCCGUAACCGAGCGGCUCAAGGGGUUCUACUCCUGCCAAGCCCCCCCAAGAUGGGAUGUCCAGAAACAGCUGGCCAGCCUGCUGACGGACCUCGGCUGCACCAGUUCGUCUCUGCUCAUUUAUGAAAAGUUAGAGCUCUGGGAAGAUGUAGUUAUCUGCUAUGAGAGGCUGGGCCAACAUGGCAAGUCUGAGGAGAUUGUUCGCAGAGAGUUGGAGAAGAAGGAGAAGCCCAGUCUCUACUGCCUACUGGGAGACAUAUUGAGGGACCAUCGGUACUACGACCGGGCGUGGGAGCUGUCAGGCCGACGCAGUGCCAGAGCCAUGCGCUCCAAAGCCCUGCUGCACCUCCGCAGCAAGGAGUUCCAGCAGUGUGUGGACUGCUUUGAGCAGUCGCUCAAAAUCAACACCAUGCAGCUCGGAGUGUGGUUUUCUCUCGGUUGUGCCUACUUUGCCCUGGAGGGUUAUGAGGGAGCUGCCAAAGCUUUCCAGAGGUGUGUGGGACUCGAGCCAGAUAAUGCAGAAGCAUGGAACAACCUCUCUACAGCCCACAUUCGCCUCCAAAAGAAAGACAAAGCCUUUUGUACGCUGCGGGAAGCACUGAAGUGUAACUACGAACAAUGGCAGAUCUGGGAGAACUUUCUUGUUGUAAGCACUGACAUCGGGGAGUUUGCUGAAGCCAUAAAGGCCUACCAUCGCCUGAUGGACCUCAGGGAAAACUACAAGGACAUCCAGAUUAUACAGAUCCUGGUUAGAGCAGUUGUUGAAAACCUGACGGACAGGCAGGGUGUGCAGGCAGAGACUCUCCGAUCCAAACUGAAGGGGCUCCUGGGGCGGGUCAGUUCCCGCCACAGUAGUGACUGUGAGAUAUGGCAGCAGUACGCUCUGCUGUACGGAGACGGGCACAGCGCCAACCCGGAUGACAACGAAAAGGCUAUCCAGUUCCUAUCUAAGGCCCAUCGUUGCGAGGUUCAGGCUGGUGGUUGGGAUAAAGAACCUGGUCUCUUCAAGGAGGUGAUCAAAAGAGCCAUCAAUAUGGGUGAAGGUGAGAGCACCAUCCAGUUGUAGAAACAGAUUCAGAAACCAUCGUGUUGUUUUCUUCCAGGGAUCCUGUAUGUUUGAUACGCUGCUACUGAGUCUCACUUUGCCAUGACUAAACCAUUUAAGAAUACCUUUUGACUAAACGGUAGUACCGUCUGUCUAACAGGAAGUCCUUCGUACUGCCUUGUGUUGCUGACAAAACUGACAAAGCAGAUUUGACAAAAGCUUAAAUUGAAAGCAGUAAUGUCCACAAUAACUUUUUGAAUAUUGGAAUAAGGAUUUGUAGCAAUCAUAAUCAACAUUAAGUUACCACUUUACUGUUCAUAUUCCGAAACCUUUUUUCUACUGCAGAACCUCGUCCAGUAAACCACAGACCUCUUUAGAAACUCAAGAACGUUACCUGUGUUUCUACCGGAGAAACCAACGGGUCAUUUUAGUUUCUUUACCAAAGUUGAGAGUCCAAACGUUGUUUCAAAUCCUCUGGAACAUUAAAUUAAUCAAUCAAUCAGAUUGGUAAUAAGUGAAGUGUUUUCUGUUGUGUACUAUUGAUAUUUAAAGGAAUGGGACCACAUGGGGAAAUGAAAAAAGUCAGUUUUAAGUCAGAAUUCUAACUUUCACUUCAUUUCAUCCACUUUAAACUCUGAACUGAAAUACAUUUUUGAAUCGGGGCCCUAAUCCUCUUCAGUAGAUAUUGAUAUUGAAAUUACAUAAUACCUGCACAAUGUUGUAGUUAAAUGCUGAAUCAGUAGAGUACUCAUUUUAAGCAUUUUCGCUUUGCAAUGCAGCAUAGGACUCUUCUUUCUGGUUACCAGAGGAAAGUAAUGCAGGCAUCCACUGGUUGGCACUUUUGGAUAAAGGAAUAUUGACCGUUAGCAGCUGAACUCUGUGUAUAAGCAUGACAUCAGUAUGCCACUGUGUAAUUAAGUAGACAGUGAGUACUCUCCACCUCCACCCUGGAAUACACAUUCCACUUAGCUCCAUUGUAUGUGUGGGUGCUGCAUCCACACAGACUACAAGACUCCAAAGAAUGCAGAUGCAGCAGAGCAUCAAAAAUCCCAACAGCUUGACCUUUAGAGACUCAGCUUAGACAGAGACAGAACCAGAAGGCAGGAAACGGCUAGUUUUCCUUUUCAUUUGGAGAGACCUGUUAAACGUAUCACCAGUAUGAACUAUUCUGGCCCCAAACCAGCUGACAUACAAUGCUAUCAGCAAAGUGUACUGGUGUGUUCAUUAGGGCUGUAAAGGGCUGAAGCUGAUAGUCUGCAGAUUAUUUUCCUGUUUUUUUGAUUAUUCGUUUUGUCUUUCAAAUGCCAAUGUUACAAUUCACAAAAGCCAAGUCAACUUUUUCAAAUGUCUCGUUUUUUUAUUUAGUUUAAAAUGUUAAACAAAGAGAAAGUAGUAACGCUUACAGUUGAGAAGCUGCAACCAAUUCACGUUUUUUACGAGAAACAAUGACUUAAGCGAUGAAUCCAUUGUUUACAUAAUUGCAGACUAUUGUAUCGACUAAUUGAUUGUUUCAGCUCUAAUCUAUUGUGCAGAACUCAUGCAGUCCCUUUCACAGUGUGACUUUAUAUUAUUAGAUAUGUUUUGUUAUUGCUGAUAUAAAGUGUGAACAUCAUUUAGAUUUGUAAAGUUGUAACUAUUUUUUGAAUUUCUUCAACAAUCCAUCAUAUUUCAUAAACUGAUUAGAGCUCAAGUUUAGUUUUACACUUUAAAAUGUGCUCUUCAUACAUCGCUCAGCCACAGCUCUGAAAUAAUCACAUUGAAGGGAUCCUUGUUUAAAAUGUUUGUUGUGCAUUUGUUGAAAUGCUAAUGUUAGCUUAUAUUUCAUUAUCCAUCCAUC